UAUACCUGACUGCCUGUGUACAAGUGGACUUUAUUUUUCAGGGUUUCUGUACACUGGAGAUUAUGUACAUAAUUGGUUGGCAGCUACCCAGUACAUAGCACCAUUGAUGGCAAAUUUUGACACCAGUGUGAAUGAUAAUUCAACAAUAAAACUAGCUGAUAAUGGUACGAUAUUUGUUGUUCAGUGGGAUGAAGUGGCCUUACGAAAUGAGACUGACACAUUUACAUUUCAAGUCUCCCUGUUUAAGAAUGGAGACAUCAUCUUUGUAUAUAAAAAGGUGCCGAUUCCAGUAACAGAAAUUAAAGAUCUUGAGCAUCCUGUCAAAAUAGGAUUGUCUGAUGCCUACAUACUUGAAUCUGAAACUUUUGCUAUUCGCAGAAAGACAAUAUAUGAGUAUCAUAGAAUUGAUAUGAAAGAGGAGGAAAUAGGAAACUUGACGGCUAUUUAUUUCAAGGCUCUGCUGACAUGUCAGACCUUUAAAGAUUGUGAUUCUUGUUCUUCUGCAUUCAUUGGGUUUGACUGUUCUUGGUGUGAGGCUGCAGGAAGAUGUUCAGAUGGUGUGGACAGACAUCGCCAAGUUUGGAUAACCAAAGGCUGUGAAAACAAAGAAACCAGUGAGUGUCCAAAACCAACAGAUACCGUUCCUUUCAUCCCAUUCUUCGUACCUCCAGGAGUCUUGACAACAAAAGUAGCAAAUAAAGUGUCUGGUAAUAUUCUAAUAAUACAUCUUUAA